UCAGGGGCCUUGCGUGUGUCACCAGCGGUGGAAGGGAGGAGAACUGUUCUUCUCAGUGGGUUCCAGCAGACUGGGGCUCAGAGAACCAGCCUCUCCUGCUGUCUCCUGAGCCUGAUCCUUCUUGGCCAUCACCUCCCCCUGCCCUAUGGCGGCUCUCACGGACCUCUCCUUUAUGUACCGCUGGUUCAAGAACUGCAAUCUGGUCCGCAACCUCUCAGAGAAGUAUGUCUUCAUCACGGGCUGUGACUCGGGCUUCGGGAACCUGCUGGCCAGGCAGCUAGUCGAUCGGGGCAUGCGGGUGCUGGCUGCGUGCUUCACUGAGGAGGGGGCCCAGAAGCUUCAGCGGGAUACUUCCUACCGGCUGCAGACCACUCUAUUGGAUGUCACCAAGACGGAGAGCAUCCGGGCCGCCGCCCAGUGGGUGAAGGACCAAGUGGGCGAGCAAGGCCUCUGGGCCCUGGUGAACAACGCUGGUGUGGCCCUGCCCAGCGGUCCCAAUGAGUGGCUGACCAAGGAAGACUUUGUGAAAGUGAUCAACGUGAACCUGGUAGGACUGAUUGAAGUGACCCUCCACAUGCUGCCCAUGGUCAAGAAAGCCCGGGGCAGAGUUGUCAACAUGUCUAGCUCCGGUGGUCGUGUGGCUAUCAUCGGUGGUGGCUACUGUGUCUCCAAAUUUGGUGUCGAGGCCUUCUCUGACAGCAUCAGGCAUGAGCUCCACUACUUUGGGGUGAAAGUCAGCAUCAUCGAGCCAGGAAACUAUCGGACAUCCAUUCUGGGCAAGGAGGGCAUCGAGAAGCGCAUGCAAAAGCUGUGGGCGCGGCUACCGCAGGAGACCCGGGAUAGCUAUGGAGAGGAGUACUUCCGUGUCUAUACUGACAAGUUAAAAAACACGAUGCAGUUGGCAGAGCCAAGGAUCAGCGAAGUCACCAACAGCAUGGAGCAUGCCGUUAUUUCCCGGAGCCCCCGCGUCCGCUACAACCCUGGCCUGGAUGCCAAACUGCUCUACAUCCCUUUGGCUAAGUUUCCCACCCCUGUGACAGAUUUCAUCCUGAGCCGGUACCUUCCAAGGCCAGCAGACAGUGUCUGAGCUGGGGAAGCCCAAGGGUGGUCAGCGGAAUGCAGAGGAGAGGGGUGGGAGAAGGGACUAUGGGGUCCCAAAGGGGGUAUCAGAUGUUCUGGGGGGACACUAUGCUUAGCCGACACCCACUGCUGGGAAAUUUAUGGAUAACUUCUAACAGAGGAUAAGUGCCUCUUCCUACUCGCCGGGGCCCCACAGAAACCUGAAGUGGCCUUUGCAUGUUCAAAGACUUGCAGCGUGGCCCUAAGAACAGAUGUCCCCCAGUCAGCAUAUGGCCUUUCCUGGACCUGGGAAAACCAAGGAGAGGAAAACCAGCUCCUGCUGAAUCGUGAGCCUCCCUGAGUGAUCACCGCCGCUGGGAAAUAUUGUGGGAUAAUCCAGCCCACAGGAGAAUCUCAACCACUUUCCUGCUGGGCCUCUAAAUAUGCAUUAACCUCAUUCACAUAACCCAUUAUUCAAAGUACACAGUAGGGCAGACAGGGAGUGCAAAAGUAUAUCAGGCAAAAGUUUGUAAUAUUUUCUCUCUCUUUAGAUUUCUCUAUCCAUAUGUGAUUGGGAUCCACAGGAAAUAAUAAGCAUUUAUUUAAUCACCAUUGAUUAAUUCUUCAAAUAUUUAUUGAGUGCCUACUACAUACCAGGCAUUGUGUAGGUGCUGGAAGGAUGUAAAGAUGACUAACUCAUCUUUUUAUUGUUUAUUUUGUGUUUUUGGUUUUUAGCACAGUGUCUACUACCAGGGAUAGGACAAACAGUAAUAGAAGAAACAGAAAUCAGAAAAUCACAGUUUUAGAGCUGUGAGGAACCCUAGAGUUCAUCUAAUUCAGUAGUUCUCAAACUUAGUUGUACAUCAUAAUCACCUGGUUAAUUAAAAAUACGGAUUCCUGGGCCUCAAUGUUAGAAAAUCUGAUUCAGUAGGCUUGGGAUGGGGCCCAGAAAUCUGUGUCUGUAACAAGAAGCUAGAUUAUUCUGAUAUACCUGGGCACUUGGGAGUCACUGAUAGUUCCAUAGAAGUAACUAAUGCUCAGUGGAGGAAGUGACCUACCUAAAGCCCCCCAUCUUGGUGGCCAAGACAAAACUCAGGUGUCCGGGUUCCCAGACUAGGGUUUUAGCUAUAAGAGAAUACAUUUCUGAAAUUAGUAAAUAUUGUCAGAUAAGUCAUUGAACUAAAUUAAAAAAGAAAGCCUUAGACUUCUGAGUCAUAUGAGCUUCUAUUGAAAAGACUUUUUUGAUCUUGAGAAAUAGUCAUGUAAUAAAGGUCAAACGUGAGAUUUUUUAAGAAAAAAAUGUCUUUAAUUUGUUUCUUCAACAUCUGGCUGAAGUUGAAAAUAAUAAAAUGUAACUAAUUACAUCCGCAACAGAUCAUGUUUCCAAACAAGGUAACGUUCACAGUUUCCAGGAAUUAGGGUGUGGACAUAUCUUUUGGGGGCCACCAGACAAUCUGCUGAGUCUGUUAUGUGCAACACUUCUAUUUCUGGCACCAAAUUCUAUACCAGGUGGGAUGCAUUGAGCAGCAAGUAACAGAAAAGCCAACUCACAUUGAUUUAAACAAUAGAGAAAGAAUUAGAGCAGGACCCUGUAGGUGAAUGAUGGCACCAAGGAUGCAGGUUCCUUCUCCUUCUUUGCUCUGCCAUCCAUAGUUUUGGUUUUAUCCUAAAUCCGAUUAUCUUUAUUGUUGUGGUAUGACUGCCAGUGGCAAUGGGAACUCUGUGCUUCCUUGCUUGCAGUUUAUAGAAGAAAGAGCCUGUCUUCCAUGGCAUUAAAGAUUGAGGAAAUUUCUUCCCCAGAGCCCUUGCCAAGGCUCUCUUUGAGUCUCAAUGACUCACAUUGGCUUAGGUUUGUCCAUCCCCGAACCAAUCACUCACAAGGGGGCAAAUUGCCAUGAACUGUUUCACUUAACCAUGGAACAGGAUGGAAACACUGGGGAAUCAGUCGCAGUGCCUACUGCCCUGGAAAAUUCAAAACUCAGACUCUGCUAUUGAGAGGGUUGAAUCUAGGUCAAAAAUAAAUUUUCUCUGUUGGAGACACAAAAAUUUACCAGAAGGAGACUAUGGCUAGGUAAUAUUUUGAGGUAUUUAUCUACACAUUUUCGUUGCUCCUUGGUUUCUUAUCUCCCUUUUCCCCACUCAAGUAGGGAGCCAGGGCAGUGCUCCUUUACCUGCAGGGAGAUAUUUGACAGAAUAGAACAAGCACAUUUCCUGCACUUUGUCCAGCGUUAGUUUCCCCCAACCUUAAUACCUUUAGAAGAAUUACAGGAUUUGGGAAAAGAAGACAAAGGAAUGUGACUUGUGGGCACCCACAACGUCUCAGACUAGCAGGGCCUUUCUCCUAAGACAAGGAGAUUCACUCUGGCUGAGGAGAGAAGUGGGUGAGGUUUGGAACUCCCAGAGCAGGAGGGACCGGGCUUCACUUUCUGGAAGUACAUUGGGGAGAUGGCAAGAUUCAAGAGAGUCACAGCUGCAUCGUGUGUUUAGGCUGAUGAGACCCUGGGUGACCUCACUGAAGAUUCAUGUGUCCCACCACGGCAGGAAGGCAGGAGAGAUUCACCAGAUAGAAAGGGCACGUAGACUGGGACAGCAGACGUUUAAGAAAUAAGCUGUGCAGGUAGAAUACCUAAUUUUUUGCUCUGAGGGCUAUCCCGCCACCCCAUCAUUAAUAGUUGAGGUAUUUUUUGAGGACUAAGAUUCUUAUCCGCUCCAAUAUUACAUUUCAGUUUAUUUCAUAUUAGGAUCAUAACUUUUCCUGUAUAGCUUUUUUAUUUUCCUAGAGUUUGAAUUGCCUUUCCUUUUCUUAUUCACUCAUUCAGCCUCUUUGUCAA